UGGUUCUAAUUCUAUUUAGAAGUAAAGCUCAGAAGAAGAUCAUAGCAAUUUAUAUUUUUGAAGAUUAGGGCUCAAUAAUAUUAACCCUCGAACUCAGAGACCUGAAACCAGUGAGAUAGCCGAAACCAGUAGCUGGCCACGUAUUGAACUGAACCACGAGGGGUCAUGAAAACUGCGCAAUCGCUUUAUAAUUGCCGCCAGGUGGCGCGUUUUAGAGGUCACAGAACACCAUGGACCACGUAAUAAUAAGGGUUGCCCUCACCGUGCGGCUUCGCGGAAACCUGUUUACACCAGGAUGACGUCAGGAAAGCUCGUGGAGACCCGAAUAAAAAGAAUGCUCAAUGCUGGCCGGGACUGCCACUGACUGAGGUGCUGAUUUGCAGAUUCCCUAACCAAAGACGACUGCAUAAAGACUUCAUUAGCAACAAUGAGUGGUGGUCGGCCAAAACGUAAGGCGGUGACAGACACAGAAACUAAAGCGAAGAAAGCUCGUGGAGAAACGGAGCUUGGUGAUGGGCUCGUGUGGAGAGAUAUUGGUGAUGGUAAAGGCAUAGGUGUCUCGGGGGCGUGUCCACUGAUGGCUCUCAUAUCAGACUGUCUCGAGGGAAGGACAAAAAUCGCCGGUUUUGACAUUGACUUCACCGUCAUUAAAACGGCAAGUGGACGGAAAUUUGCCAUAGGAUCAAACGAUUGGGAAUUUUGGGAUGAAAAAGUCCCAGAGAAGCUGAGAGAACUGCAUAAAGAUGGCUACAGAGUUGUGUUCUUCACUAAUCAAGCUGGUAUUGAAAAAGGCAAAGUGACGCCCCAAAGCUUCAGAGACAAAGCUGAAGCUAUCAUCAAAGAGUUGGAGAUUCCUGUUUUGGUAUUUGCAAGCACAGGCACUUCACAGUACAGAAAGCCAAGUUCUUGCAUGUGGGACCAUUUUGUUGAGAAUUUCAACAAUGGUGUUGAGGUUGACAAGAAAAAGUCAAUUUAUGUGGGGGAUGCAGCAGGCCGUGCGAAAGAAUGGGCUCCAGGCAAACCGAAGGAUUUUUCCUGCAGUGACCGCAUGUUUGCAGCCAAUAUUGGAGUCAAAUUUUCGACUCCAGAGGAGUUUUUUUACAAUGAAGCAGCGGCCAAAUUCAGCUGGGGUUCACUUGAUCCCGAUGCUUUCCUUGCCAAGAAUCCUGCCAUCACAAAGGCUAAUGACAAGUCAUCGUUUGCCUCCAAAGCUCAAGAACUUGUUAUGUUGGUGGGGCCUCCUGCUUCAGGAAAGAGCACAUUUCGUCAGAGAUAUUUGGAACCUCAUGGCUACGUCGCUGUCAACAGAGACACACUUGGUACUGCUGAAAAAUGCUUAAAGGUAGCUAAAGAAGCAAUUUCAUCUGGCAAAAGUGUCGUUGUAGACAACACAAAUCCGUCAGCUUCAGCGAGAGCACCAUUCAUCAAGUUGGCUAAGGACAAAGGUAUUCCCUGUCGGUGUUUCUGGCUGCAAACUCCGCUGGAUCUGGCCCACCACUUGAACCUGUUCAGGCAGAAUCAGACAGAGGGAAAAUGUCGCAGAGUUCCUGAUGUUGGUUACAACGUGUUCAAAAAGAAUUUUGAAGAACCAAAAUCUACAGAAGGCUUCUCUGUGACGAAAGUUGAUUUCAAACCUCGUUUUGAUAGCAUAACAGAUGAGCGUCUUUUUAAACAGUGGACUGUGUAGAUUUUUAUGAACCAUGUAGUAUACUUAUAUGGCUUGAGUUUACUUCAAAAGUUGCCAGUCUGGUAACAGAAAAUUAUUGUUUUAAAUGAAUGAAGACACUUGCUGAUUAUGACUUUUGAUUGUGUUCAGUUUUAAAUUGGAAUUUGUAUUUUAUCCAAUUGAACAUUCCAUUAUAUGCUGAUAUUUAUUGUGCUUGCCUGCUCAACAAAUUUAUUUAUUAAUGUUGGUGCAAACAUUUUAAAACUUCAUGUCAAGUUGCUGAUACGCAGAUAAUUACUUAACAAACUAGUUUGUUCUUGUAAUGAUGUGAUGACAGCUCAUUGAUCCUUUUUGUAUACAGUUAUUUUAGUUAAUGUGCUGUCAAGUUAGUGCAAUUCUUCGAUUAUUUUCAGUUUUUAUUUUUUAAACAUGAUUUUUACACAUCUUCACAUUAUUUAUUGUGCCAUCUUUGUUUUGUUUUUUAAAGGAACAUAAUUUAUAUGCUCAGAUUGGUGUUACAUGUUAAAUCUUUUUGACAGUAGUAUUAAACUUUGUUUGUGAAGAGAUAAAAAUGUUUUGAUAGCAUAUUUUAUCAUGCACUCAUCGAAGUGACUGCUUCUGAAAUAAUGAAUACAAAACCCCUGAAUAACAAUGAAUAAAGUAAGUGACAAGUGAGAUGACAAAGUGACCGGGGUUCUUUGUGUGAGAAUGGAACUCCAAUCUUGCUUGGAGCACAGAACUCUGCUGCUGAACCCUGAAGUUGUAGUUACUUCUUGAAACAACUUUUAUAUAAGCUCUAUGGCAAGCUUUAUUGGUUAAUGUAAGAGCGGAUGAAAAAAUAAAAGUGAGUAAGUAGCCUGAAAUGUAUUUGAAGAUGAACUGUGAUUGCAGGCAUAUUUGCCAUUUCUUGUUACAUGUAUGCAUACAUUUAUUUGUAUUCCUGUGAUAUGAACCUGUGAAAACAUUUGUGAAAAUUUUAAGAAAAAGAAUGAAUCGAAAUAUCUUGCCACUACCUUAAAGAUGAUACAAAACUUUAUUUGAAA